AACAGCUUCUGUACGGACUACCUUCCACUGACGGGACCACCAAACUGUCAAAAAAUGUAACUCUUCCGUUCGCUUUUUAGCUAGAUUAAAAUAUCUGUAUUUUUUGUCAUUUUAUAUACAUUUAAUCUGUAGUUAACAUGAAAUUAAACGUAUGUUGCGUACACCAUAUAUAAAUAUCUAGCUAAUUUUAGAUUGAUUUCCGCGUUAGUUCGGGAAUUUCUAGGUGAAGAUGGAGAAAUUCGAAGGGUACAUUUUCACUGCUCUCUGCAGCACCAACUUUUUGGUUUCGUGUCUCCUUUUCUCCAAAAUAACUCGGGAGCAAAGGGAGCCCUACAUGGACGAAAUAUUUCACGUCCGUCAAGCUCAGAAAUACUGCUACGGGAAGUUUAACGAGUGGGACCCAAUGAUCACCACGCUUCCUGGCCUGUACCUGGCGUCAGUGGGCGUGAUCAAGCCAGUGGUGUGGCUCGUGGACCUCACAGGGAAGGUAGUGUGUUCUACCGCAAUGCUGCGCUUCAUCAACCUCCUCUUCAACUGUGGCAUCCUCUACCUGCUCUAUCUCGUCAUCUGCAAGCUCCACCUCAAAGAGAAGACUAAGACGGCCUCCCGCAGAGUUCUCUCAGCCCUGUCCCUGUCUACCUUCCCCGUGCUCUACUUCUUCAACUUCCUUUACUACACAGAUGCCGGAUCUACUUUCUUCAUCCUCUUCACGUACCUCAUGACCCUGUAUGGCUGUCACAAAGCCUCGGCACUCCUCGGCGUCUUCGCCAUAUUCUUCCGCCAGACAAACAUCAUCUGGGUGGCGUUCUGUGCCGCCACGGUGGUGGCCAACAAGAUGGAUGAAACCUGGAGGACGGAGCAGUCGAAGAAGAAGGAUGACAAGUUGCCCUGUCAGAUACCUUUCUCCGUAAGUGGGGUGAAGAGAGUGAUGCGUUUCCUGUUGGAAUUCCUGACCACAGCCAAUCACGUGAAGGCUGUGACGCUAGUGGCAUGGCCGUACAUUCUUGUUGCCGUGGGUUUUAUCGCGUUCAUCGUGUUGAAUGAUGGGAUUGUAAUCGGGGACCGAACCAGUCACGAGGCCUGUCUCAACUUCCCUCAGCUCUUCUACUUCUUCUCCUUUGCCCUCUUCUUCUCCAUCCCCACGUCGCUGUGCUACCACCGAGCUCUCCGCUUCCUCCAGACCCUCAAGAAGCAGCCACUGCUCUACUUAGUGAUCACAGGACUCUGCCUGCUCCUCGUGUGGAAGUUCACCUUCGUGCACAAGUACCUCCUGGCUGACAACAGACACUUCCCCUUCUAUGUGUGGAAGAGGAUCUUCCAGAAGCACGAGGCGGUGCGUUUUGCCCUCAUCCCGGCAUACGUGUUUGCAGCGUGGAACUUCGUGGACACUCUGAAAUCCCGGUCGUUGUUCUGGAUCCUGGCGUUCCUGGUGUGUCUGCUGGCGGCCACAGUGCCUCAGAAGCUGCUAGAGUUCAGGUACUUUAUUGUUCCGUACCUGCUCUACCGCCUCCACAUGCCCCUGCCCUCCCUCACCAGACUGGUGCUGGAGUUCCUGUUCUAUACAGCCGUCAACGCAGCCACACUCUACAUCUUCGUCAACAAGACUUUUCAAUGGCCAAAUAGUCCGGCUGUACAGAGGUUUAUGUGGUAGCCUGACCUGAACAGGAGGAACCCAGUCAUUUGGAAAAACUAUAGGUUAUACUUUUUCUAUUUUAAAUGAGUAGGGCCAGGAGUUUUUCCUGUUGUGAUGAGAACAUACUCAGGAAAAAAAAAACAUGGCCCAACAUGUGAGAGAAUGCAUUUCAUGUGAAGAAUACUUUGAAAAGCACAAGAUGUUUAUAAUGUACAUUUGAACUGUGACUUGUACAUUGAAUUAUGUAAUUUGGAUGGAGGAAGAGGCCCAAAAAAUUUAAAAGCCAAAUUGUAAAGCAGCAAUCUGUGUAUUAUACUGAAUGGUUAAAAAAAAAAAUGUUUUCUGCAAAUGAAGAACAUUCAUGACUUAUCUUAAUUUAACUCUAUGGUAGAGUUAUACGAAAUGAUGUGGCUCUCUUUGUAAACAUACAACAUCCCUGACUGUAUUCAAAUAAAUGAAUUAGUCUGUAUUUCCCUAUUCUCUACUGGAAAUAGCAUCCAUAAACCAUGUAAACAAACAUAUGUGUUUACAUUCUGCUGCAAUAUUCUGAAGAGUAAAGCUGUGAUAUACAAUGGGUUUAGAAUCCUCUUUUUUCUUUCUACUGUAUUUUAGAUGAUCUCAAUCCUGCCCCCAACUGCGAUCCCUUGAAUAAUGUUCUCGUUUGUGUUUCUUGAGUGUGUUUGGUUGCCCUAAAAUUCCAGAAUCCUUCUCUGUCCUUUAGGCCUAAGAUAUCAUCCAGUAGCUUAGCUAUUCAAGUCAGUUUAUUAAAUCAUUGUCUUUAAUAACACAUGUAGAUUCUUCAAAAGUAGUGUGUACAUUAGCUUCAGAAAUGUUUAUUUGGUCAGAAUUUAUUACUUUAACCUGUAUUUUCUACCUGCAUCGUUACCUGUCUGUUGCUGAUCUUUUAUUGUCCCUGUAUGGCUGUCCUUGGGCUGAAAUGAUCAAAUGAAGUGACGCAAUAAAAUUAUUAAUGUCAUA